GUCGAAAUAACCGAGCACUCCGCUCACCUCUAUUGAACCACUGUCAACGAGAGUCAUGAGCUGGCUGCAAGCAAGAUUCGCGCGCGCUGUUGUUCAAGGCUGCCGCUCCUUCUCUGCUUCCGCCUCCUCCCGCUUGUCUGGCAACUCGAAAGUACUGACUGGAAGCCUGAGCCGUCCGAGGUCCUCUAUUGAUGCUGCCUUCUUCUGGGGCUCCGCUUUGGCUAUCGCAGCCGGGCUUACACUAACAUCGACUGUCCACCUUGAUGCUGAGGUCCCCUUACCCACAGCGGAAGAAGAGACGCGUGUUGACCCGGCGACGUCUAUUGCGUUCCCCAACACUCUCAAGAUUCAGUCCAAGACGCCGCUGCCUACUUUUACCCUCAUGGGUGUCGGCGUUCGGACAGUGUCUUUCCUGGGAAUCAAGGUUUAUUCAGUAGGCUUCUACGCUGACCUCUCGAAUCCUAGUCUUGCUGCUAUCCCAAAAGACGCGACUCCCGAAGAGAAAAUCGACUACAUCGUGAGGAAUGCGGCAUGCGUACUCAGAAUAGUUCCGACACGGUCGACUUCUUACAGCCACUUGCGUGACGGGUUCAUGCGUGCAAUGCAAGCUCGCCAGAUCCUAUGCCGCCAGCGAGGGGAGCUCUCGCCGGAUGACGAGCUUGCCAUCCAGUCCCCACUCCGUCAGCUCAAGUCCAUGUUCCCGAAUACGCCCCUCGCGAAGCACUCGCCGCUGGACAUCUUGGCUACUGCCCCGGGAAAUAAGCCGCGCACACUUAUUGUGCGCGACCUCGGUUCCGUGCAGAGCGACUGGUUGGCUCGGGAGUUCGUUCUUGCAUAUUUCGAGGGCAAGGGCAUCAGUCCACCUCUGAAGGAGUCAGUCAUAGAGUACGUUCAGACCCGUCUGUAAUCUAAAAGCGACGCUCCCUAGGACUGUAGAGUAGAUAGAUGUCUUGGUUAAUGAAGCAGCAGUGCUGGCGUCGUC